GCGAUCAGCCUGACGACGCUCCUCCGGCCGGCCUCAGUUUCAGCCUCAGCCCUCGCGGUGCCAAUGCCGGGAUCGGCGAGUCCCCCUCCUCGUCCUCACAUCUUGCAGCAGGAUCACCAGGGAUCGACAGCAGGAAUCUCAACAUACCCAUGGGCGUUGGUCAUUGAGAAAUUAAAUCGAGCAAACGGAGAGCAGCUGGGAAGGAGCGGUGCCAAGUGUGUGAAAUGCCAGACAAGCGAUUCGAUAAGCAUAAUCAAUUCAAUAUCGAAUGCAACUGGAAGCGGCGGCGAAAGUGAGAGUGCUAAUCCGAGUGCAAGUGCGCAGGUGCAGAGUGCUGUAUAUAGUGGUAGUGCAAUUUUGUGCAGUGUAAAUAGUGAAAAUAAUACGCGUAAGUUAAAUUUAAUUCUGAGCAAGCAGCAGCGAGGGGAGCAUUUCGCUGUUGGCACAAAUUUGCAAAAUAAAUUACCAACAUCGAGUGCGGAUUGCCACUUAAGUCCAAGUGCCGAGACAAAUACUCGUACAACCGCAAGCCCAUCACCGCCGCGAUCCCCGUCCUGUCCGCCGUGUCCGUACCGUCCGUAUAGUCAUCUUCGUCGUCAUCGUCAUCGUCAUAGCCAGCAUCAUCAUUAUCGUCAUCGUGGUUGUCGUUGUCGUUGCCGUUGUCGUUGUCGCGACGCGCCGCAGUCUGCAUCCGCAUCGCCCGCGUCUAUGCUCUUGCCAUAUCAAAUUAAUCAACGUGCUACAUUGUUGCAGCAAUCUGCAGCAGCAGCAGCAACAACACAAGCAACAGCAGCAACAUCAACUACAUUGCCACAUGUGCCCGGGGCAACAACAACAUCUCUGCGUGCCGUGCCUCGUAUUUUUAAACGCAAACGUGAUACGGUCCAAACAGCGACCACCGCAUCACCUUUGACCCCGCAGCCACAGCCAACAGUCGCUGCAGCAACAUCAGCAACAUCCAACACAACAACCACGCGAAGAUCGCGACUCCAGUUCAUACUUUACACGGAAGUUUAUGAAGUAGAGGGGCAUUCGAUUUCCCCCGGCGAUUCGCAUUCAAAAUCGAACGUGGGCAGCAGCGAUUCUCUCUGGCAGAAAUACGGUGAGUAG